AUGUUUAAGUUUGUGUUAAUCGCCGCAGUUCUCGCCUGUAGCUCGGUGCUGGCCGCCCCCGCGGGUCAAGACGCUAGCCAGCCGUCGUCCAUCUUGGAGGAAGCCUUGGACGUGUACGCGACCUGCACCGGCCAAGAGGAGAUAUCCACGUGUCUGAAGCUGCAGGCGCUGCGUCUGGUCGACAGAGUGGCCAGGUCCGCGAACAUCGAUAUCGUGGAUGGCUUCAAGAUCGUGCAGACCGAAGAAGCUAAAAACAGCCGUGCAGACAACGCCAGAUCCUUGAAUGACAUCGAAAGUACCCUGCCAGCCGAGACGGAGGCCAAGGAAGCUGCCAUUGAUCAAGCCAUCUUCGACAGAACUGCCAAGUUCCUCUCCACCCAUACUGUUGAACUGAGUCUUCCCGAAGAGGUCUCCCGCUCCUUCGACGAAGCUCGGGGAAAGAAGAAGAAGAUCGUGAAAUCUCUGCUGCCGAUUCUGCUGCUCUUGAAACUUAAGGCUGCGGCUCUCAUCCCUAUCGCUCUCGGUGGUUUGGCUCUCCUAGCAUUCAAGGCUCUCGCAAUUGGCAAAAUCGCCCUCAUCAUCAGCGCGAUCAUCGGUCUUCAGAAGCUUCUCGCCAACAAACAUCAAAGUUAUGAGGUAGUGGCUCAUCCAGUGCACUCGUACGGCCACGAAGAACACCACGACCACCACGGAUGGGCGAGAUCAGGAGGGUCUGACCUCGCGUACAACGCGUAUAAACCCUCCGAGUAG